UUGGUGUGGUUUGACGUGUUCCUUGGCGAUGUCCUCCCGGCGCAUUCGGCACAUUCUGGAGCUGUCCCAGCAGGAGCGGAAGGAGUUUCUCGACUCGUUCGACUGCGUGCUGACGGAUUGUGAUGGCGUCCUGUGGACCGUCUUCGAGCCGAUCCCCGGAGUGGGCGCCGGCCUCACCGGACUCCUCGCCGCCGGCAAAACGAUCCGUUACAUCACCAACAACAGCGUCCGCUCGUUGGCCAGUUACUCCGCCCAGCUGCGAACCCUCGGCGUCACGCUCGAUCCAGCCGACCUCAUCCACCCGGCCAAGUCCAUCGUCGGACAUUUGAAGUCGAUCAACUUCCGGGGGUUGAUCUACUGCCUAGGGACGGACUCGUUCAAGGGCGUACUGCGCGAGGGUGGCUUCGAAGUGGUGGACGGUCCAAACGAGCCACUGCAAGAGAACUUCCGGGAUAUUAUUGGGACGGUGGACGAUCGGGCCCCGGUUCGGGCGGUCGUCGUGGACGUGGACUUUAACGUCAACUAUCCGAAGCUGCUGCGGGCGGAGUUUUAUUUGAAGACGGAUCCAACGUGUUUGUUGGUGGCCGGGGCCACCGAUCGGGUUUUGAACACCGGACGGGGCUUCAACUUGAUUGGACCGGGGCGCUUUUUGGACAUUCUGGAGCGGAGCACCGGGAGGAAGGCGAUCGUGCUGGGAAAGCCCGGAGAAGUGCUGGCCAGGCAGGUCGUGAAGGAGUACGGGAUUCGUGAUCCGGGGAGGGUUUUGAUGGUCGGGGACAUGAUGGAGCAGGAUGUGGCCUUUGGGAGCAGGUGUGGAUUUCAGCGGCUGUUGGUCCUGUCGGGUGGGGCGUCCCGAGAGGACAUGAUGAAGGAGGCGGACGGGGCGUGUGUUCCGGAUUAUUACGCGGACAGUUUGGCGGAUUUUAAAAAUCUAUUUGAGUGUUAA